AUGACGCCACCGACUCCCCCCGGCCCGCGCGUCCUCAUCGCCGGCGGCAGCAUCACCGGCCUGUCCCUCGCCCUCAUGCUCGAGCAGGCCGGCAUCGACUUCCUCGUGCUCGAGGGCGGCCCGACCAUCGCGCCCCAGGUCGGCGCCGGCCUGGCCUUCUUCCCCGGCGGCGCCCGCAUCCUCGACCAGCUGGGCCUGUUCGAGCGCCUGCUAUCCAUCUCGUCAGUCUUCGACCCCAUGUACGACUGGCGGCCCGACGGCACCCAAAACGUCUGCGUCCGUGGCGUCUCGCCCUUCUUCGACCAGACGCUCGGCUACCCUGUGCUGUUCCUCGACAGGCAGCAGGCGGUCCAGAUGUUUUACGAGGCCAUCAGGCAAAAGGGGAAGAUUGUUACCGACGCCCGCGUCGCCCACGUCCACGAGUCCACGACCUCCGUGACCGUCACCACCACCCUGGGCCAGUCAUUCACCGGCACCCUCCUCGUCGGCUGCGACGGCGUCAAGUCCGCCGUCCGGUCCGAGAUGUGGCGCCUCGGAAACGCCUCCGACCCGUCCUACUUCGGCUCCGGCGGGCCCUCCGAGGUCCGCUGCAAGUGGCGCACCCUGUUCGGCAUCGCCGCCGUCGACGAUGUGCCCCGCAGCGCCAACAUCACCAUGAACCAGGACUUCGCCUGCGCCCUCAUGUCGCGGGGGCACUACGCCUACCUCGUGCUGCACGAGGCCCUGCCCAGGACGCUCGUCGGCGACGAGAUCCGGCCGUACGGCGCCGACGCCGUCGACGAGGUGGCGCGGCGGCACUGGGACGACCCCAUCCGGGAGGGCGUCACCUUCGCUGACGUCUACGGCAAGCUGACGCGCAAGGUGCUGGUGCCCAUCCAGGAGUACGUCCUGCAGAAGUGGCACUUUGGCCGCGUCCUGCUGCUCGGUGACGCCGUCCACAAGACGCACCCGUCCACCGGCCAGGGCGCCAUGCUCUGUCUCGAAGACAACGUCGUCUUUACGAACCUGCUCGUCCGCCGGCUCAAGGCGUCGUCUUCGUCGCUGUCUCAUCAGCAGCCACAGCCGCAACCCCUCACCCGCGCCGACUGCGACGCCCUCUUCGCCGAGACGCAGCGCCGCCGCUCCAAACGGGCCAAGACCGUCUCGCAGGAAUCCUUCCUCGUCGUCGGCCUGUACGCCUGGCGCAACCCGGUGUUCCGGCUCAUGUCGCGCUACAUCCUGCCGCUCAUCAUGCCGGAUUUCAUUCUUGGCGUCUUCAUGGAGACGACGAGGCCGGCGCCGAGCCUGGACCACGAGUAUGCGCGUGCCGCGAUGGUGGGGAAGAAACGGGAUGCGCUGGUGGGCUUUGAUGACGAGGACCCGGAGCCCAAGGUGCCGCUGGCGGCGAUGGCGCUGCGGAGCAUCACCUGCUUGGUGCUCGUCAUGACCCUUGUCCACGCCGUCUCGGUACUUCCGUCGGUGCUUCCGUCGAACGGCACCUUGGGAGGGGUUCGCGGUCCGCAGUCGGCUGUGGAUACGACGGCUUUGGGAAUCAUGGCAGUUGUCCUAGUCGAGGGCUGGCGGCGCUGCAACAUCGUCUCGCCUGUCCGGUUCCCCUGGAUCUGGGCUCUCUUGAUGGACUUCUACGGCGUCCGCGUCGUCGGCCCGCUCUACCUGUUGGUGGAUAUCCUGCACGGCGUGUCCCAGGGCCGCAUGCGCUAUGCGGUUACCGGGCACGGGGUCUUCAUCUCGGCCUCCAAGGCCAUGGUCCCCAUGUUGUUGGUCUUCGGCUUGGCUCCGGUAAUGGUCGCAUGGCUGGGAUCCAGUGUCGGGGGAAUGCUUCCAUGGUCCAUCUUCUCCAGCCUGUUUGCCCUCCCGGCCACACUGACAGCCGUCGGUCUGUCACUUUAUGGAUUCUUCAGCACCGACUCGGACGCCGUCCUCGGUACCAGAUACCGCAAGCACCUGCGUCCCGGGCUUGCAUGCGCGUCGGCGGUCUUGGCGCUGCUUCACCUGGGUGCUCGCUUCGGCGGUCUUGCCGACGCCGGACUGGUUGCGAGACCCGUCGGCUACUUGCAUCUGCCUGUUCUCAUGUGGCAGCUCGACGUGGUUGCCGACGUUUCCUUGUGGUGCGACGUCAAGUCUUGGUCUCUCCCUGGGGUUCUUGUGCUCCUGGGGCACGGUCUAAUUGGGCCUGGCGCCUCGUCGGUUGCGCUGUGGUUGUGGAGGGAUGUCGUGCUGAAUGGGCGUCCGGCUGGGGUUAGGGUUAGGGUUGUCAAGGCUUGA